AAUGUGUUAAAUUCAAACAUAAAAAUGGAAAAUACAUAGGUUUAGGAUCUAAAUUCUCUAGUUAAACUAAAUUAACUAAAUUUUCAAGUUUAAAUCAGCAUUUAGGAUUGAGUAUUUUGAAGUGUUGAUUAUGUUUUAAGCUGCUUCACCAAAAGAUGACUUAGAAUCUUUAGGAUUUAUUCUAAUGUACUUUUUAAAGAAUGGAGACAUGUUCAAAAUUAAGGAAACCGGAUCUAAAACUAAACAUAUAGAAGAAUAAAAGUUGCGUAUGAUUCCAGAAAAGUUUUGUAAAGAUAUGCCUAUAGAAUUUCUAUAAUAUUUUUAAUUUAUCAGAUUGACUAAUGUAUAACAAUAUCCAUUAAGUGAUUAUGAAUUCUUAAAAAAGUUAUUUAGAAAUAUAUUUCAAUAACUUAAUAUAAAUGAAAAAGAAUUCCAAUAUGAUUGGGUAUAAAUAUUAUAGUAAUUAUUAGUUGAAGAAAAUGAAUUUAUAAUCCUAAAAUUAAUAAUAACCAAAAGAUGAUGGAUAAACAAAAAUUGUGAUUCAUAAACCCUAAAAUUUAGAAGGAAUUUAAGAAGUAUAAACAGAAUUAGAAAGAUCUUCAUUUAAAAGAGAUCAUCAUCGUUAAUCAUCAUCAUUAUCAUUAUGUAUAAAUGAUGAAGAUGAUUAGUAAUUUGAGAGUGUUAGUAACAAAAUGUUACACCUACCAAAUAUGUAUGAUGUGAUUAAACUAAAAUAUUGA